AAGACAAGCAAAGCAACACAAACGUUAAUGUUAUUUCUUUGUUUUGUGUGUACAAAAAUACAGCAUAUAUCUCAGCGACAGUGAAUGAAUAAAUGAGUAUCUCUUCUCUCUCUUAUUAAUUUCUUGAUUCUCUUCAUCAUUUCACCACUCUCUGUCCUAGAUUUCAUUCUCCCAAUUCCUUUUUCUCGAGAAAAUUUCACUCUUUUUCUCGAGAAAACUCGGGUCCUUGAGCCCAUUUUCCCUGCCAAAAAUGUUCAAUUUCUUCAAGAUUUUAUUCUCUACUUGAAAAUCUUUAACUUGGGAUUGGGUUUUUGGAAAGGGAAAAAAAGUUGCUUUCUAUGUGAAAAGAGGAAAAUAACUGGGUUUGAUUGACAGAAGUGAAGCUGAAAUGGAAGGUGAUUAUUUUCCUGGCAUUGGCAACGGAAUACAACUCGAUAGUAAGGUUUCGCAAACAGUCGAAAAGAGUUUUAUGCAAGUUCAGGACAUUCUUGAUCAAAACAGGUUGCUAAUCAAUGAAAUUAACCAAAACCAUGAAUCGAAGAUUCCUGAUAAGUUGACUCGAAAUGUGGGGUUGAUUAGAGAGUUAAACAAUAACAUUAGAAGAGUAGUUGAUCUUUAUGCAGAUCUUUCUACUAAUUUCUCCAGGUCAUUGGAAGCUUCAUCAGAAGGAGAAUCAAGUGGAAUUUUGAAGUCCAGCGGGAAAGGAAAUCAGAAGAGAAUCAGAUCCGGGUAAUUCGUGGAAUUUAUAGCUUUUAUAUAGAUUCUGUAUUUUCUUCAUGAUGGAAUAAGAUAUGUAGUUAACAAUGGUAAGAUAAAGAAAUUAAUGAUCUAUUCUUCUGAGUAA